AUGGAGUCCACCUCCGUGCCCAGCCCAGACGCCUCGGCCGCACCCUCGGCCUCGGCCGCGCCCGUGGCACCGCGGAAGCCGCUGGAUCUGCCGAUCUGCAGCUUCCGGGGCCCCGAAGUCAACCUGCCCUGGACCGAACGCACCGAGCUGCCGGUGGAACAGCAGCUGGAAGAUGCGGUGCAACGCAUACAGCUGGCACAAGAGGAACGGCACAAGCUGGAGGAAGAAGUGGGCUCAGGGAAAUAUCCGUUCACCUUGAAGUCCAAAGAACGAAGGCCUCCCGCCUUCGCAGCCCGCGCGGCGGAUGCACAGAAGAUGCUGCAGAUUCAGAAGGACCCGCGAUUUCUGGAACUCCAAGCUGCCCUGCAAGCAGAACAUGCCUCGGGCGCACAGGGCGGCUCAGGCGCGUGGAGCGGAAGCCGCUCGGGGGCCCAAACAGCACGUCCCAACUUCAUGGGAACGUUGGAGACCAAAGCGUCUUGGAAGCAGCACUUCUACGCAGGUCUUCGAAUGCUGAUUGAAACUGUGAAUAUGAGUCUGGAUCCGAAGAUGGCUGAAAAACAGCUGGAGGAGGCCUACAGAUGGUACCUAUCAUCCAAGCAACCUGGGGGGACCUGCAAAGCAGGGAAUCUUGGGCCGGACUUUCACGACUUUUGCGCAGAUGAAGUGUUGCGACAUCCUGCACAGCCAGGAUCUGCUUACUACACACCAAGCACAGAACAUCCUGAUGGUGAACCUGCCGCUUCAGCCUCAAUGGAGAAGGUGGAGGACGUGGAUGGAGUGAAGGUGGUGGCCGGACGCACUGUGGUGGAGGCUCGUUUGGCAUCCCCCAAGGAGCGUUUGAAGGACUUCAGCACAAAAGCCCUCGUCCGGCCGCUCACGGCAAGGAAACUGAAGGACGGGUCUCAAGGGUCUCAAGAGUCUCAAACGGCAACGGGCCAAAUGCUGUAG